GAAUCCUUGUCCAUAAAAAAGAAGAAACGGCAGCCAGCUCACUCACUUCUAGUCCCGCUUCUUCUUUUCCUUCUUUCUUAUUUUUCUGCGCUGCGGAGGAUCUGCGAUGUCAUCCCUGGAUGGCGAGGUAUGCGUGGUGACAGGAGCAUGCGGUUUCCUGGGAAAGACGCUGAUCAAGAUGCUGCUUGAGCAGGAGAAAAACAUCGGCGAGGUUCGGCUCCUCGACAUAAACGUCAAAAAGGAGGUGCUGCAAAGCCUGCAAGAAAUCCGUGGCGACAUUAAACUUACAGUGUUUGAGGGCGACAUUCGAGACGCCGACUUUGUGAGGAAGGCGUGUCGGGGAGCCACACUAGUCUUCCACAUCGCCUCCAUCAUCGACGUCACAGAGGCCGUCGAGCCCAGCGAGAUAUAUGGAGUGAAUGUGAAAGGGACCGAGAAUCUCCUGGAGGCUUGUGUCCAGGAGAAUGUGGCCUCUUUCAUCUACACCAGCACAGUCGAGGUGAUGGGCCCCAACCUGAAAGGCGACCCGGUGGUAAAUGGCCACGAGGACAUGGCCUACCGUUGCGCCCUCAAGUCAUCCUACAGCAGGACCAAAAAGGAAGCAGAGGUUCGUGCCCUGGAGUACCACGGCGAGUGGCUGCCUGAUGGCGGGCGCCUGGCCACCUGCGCCCUGAGGCCCAUGUACAUCUACGGGGAAGACUGCCGUUUCCUGUUGGGCCACAUGGCGGACGGGGUGCGCAAUGGGGACGUCCUCUACCGGAUGUCCCAACGAGAGGCCAAAGUCAACCCGGUGUAUGUAGGUAACGUGGCGGUCGCCCACCUCCAGGCCGCCCGCUGCCUUAAGGACCCCGAGCGCCGGGCGGACGUAGGCGGAAAGUUUUACUUUGUGUCUGACGACACGCCGCACAUCAGCUACUCAGACUUCAACUACGCCAUCAUGUCACCCCUGGGCUUCGGCAUCCAGGAGAGGAUGAUGGUGCCCCUGCCCCUGUUCUACGUGUUUUGUUUCCUGUGGGAAAUGGUGUGCCUAAUGCUUCGGCCUUUCCGCCGGGUGGUGCCGCCCAUCAACCGGCAGCUGCUCACCAUGCUCAACACGCCCUUCAGCUUUUCCUACGACAAAGCCAAACGUGAGCUGGGUUACACGCCUAAGUACACCUGGCAGCAAGCGCGAAGUAACACCACCCAGUGGCUUGCGCAACAGCUGCCCAUUCAGCGCCAGGAAAUAUGGAAAAAAUAAAAAGGCCAGUUUCGUUGUUCUGGUCAAAGUUUAAAUUUCAAAGAAAGAGGCUUGCUUAAAAAACAACACACACAAACAUAUUAUCAGAAUGUGUAGUUUAGGAGGGUAAAACUCCCUUAGUAGCCUGAGGUUAAACGUCAAAGAAAACUUCUUUGGUACCCACCCAGCAUUAAAACAAAGGAAAAACAGUUUUCUGUUUGUUUUUUUUGUUUUUUUAAAAGGUUAAAUUUACAUUAAAAUACUGGCCGCUGUGGUUGCUAGACUUUUACCAUUAAAUAGGUGCACAUGAACACACAAUUUAAAUCUCUUCUACCAAUAUUUUCAUUGUUGCGUUCAUUGACAGUUUCUUGAGUUGACCUAAAAUGUCACUGUUCCUGUUGUGACAUAAAUGUAUUAAAGUAUUAAAUCUUU